GAGGAGCGUAUAGGAGCGGAGUGGGUGGACGAUUUGACAAGUAGAAGGAUGGCUGUUGUCGAAACGAAGCAAUGGGGGUAUCGGAAUAACUAGUUAAUUUUCUCCCGUGCUGCAUUCCCCGGACAUAAGUAAUUAGCCUGCUUCCGCGUUCUUUCUGCAAAAUUGUCUAUACUUAGCAAGCUAGCAAGGUUUUAAGCUAAAUGCAUUGUUUUGUUUGAAUGGUUACGGACGGGGCUUGCUGGGGGAACUGUGCUACGCGUUGGCUGCCUUCAACAGACCGGGGGGCGAAAAAGAAAAGUCCGUAGCUAGCUGCACUCGCCGAAACAGGGAUGUCUACCGCACGGGUGGACUACAUCGCGCCUUGGUGGACUUACUGGCUACACAAUUUCCCCCACAUCAAUCUGAGGUUCCAGCCGGUGGACAACACCUUCCGACCGCAGGAGGAGAACUAUCAGCAGUCGCUGAUGUUCCUGGCCUGUGUGGCAGCGGCGGGGCUGGGGCUGAACCUGCUCUUCCUGGCCAUCUACCUGAGCUGCCUGUGCUGCUGCCGGAAGGAGGAGGAGGAGGAGAGCAAGAGGCCCAACUCCUGCUGCGUCACCUGGGCCGCGGUCACGGCCGGGCUGCUCAGCUGCGUCGCGGUGGGCGUCGGUUUCUACGGAAACAGCGAGACCAACGACGGCGUGUAUCAGCUGACCUACUCCCUGUACAACGCCAAUCACACGCUGGGAGGCGUGGACAGCCUGGUGUCGGGCACCAUGGGCAGCAUGCAGAGCGGGCUGAAGCAGCACCUCUCUCGGCUGGACGAGAUCUUCGCCACGCGCGGGGACUACGUGCAGACGCUGCGCUUCAUGCAGCAAAUGGCCGACAGCAUCAUCAAGCAGCUGCUCGGCCUGCCCGACUGGGACCACACCCAGGUGGACCUGGCGGCCAUCGCCCAGCAGACCAGCCAGGUGGAGUACUACAGGUGGCUCACUUACUUGCUGCUGCUCAUCCUGGACCUGGUGAUCUGCCUGAUGGCUUGCCUUGGACUGGCCAAGCAGUCUCGGUGGCUGCUGACCACGAUGAUGGUGUUCGGGGUGCUGACUUUGAUCCUGAGCUGGGCGUCGCUAGGUGCCGACACUGCCACCGCUGUGGGCACCAGCGAUUUCUGUGUGUCCCCGGACAAGUUCCUCAUGAACCAGACCAAGGGCUUCAUCAGUUCUGAUAUUGUGCAUUACUACCUGUACUGCAGCCAGAGUCUGCCCAACCCCUUCCAGCAGUCUCUGACCAUAUUCCAGAGGUCUCUGACCACCAUGCAGAUCCAAAUCCAGGGCCUGCUGCAGUUCGCCGUGCCGCUGUUCCCCAGUGCUGAGAGGGACUUGCUGAGCAUUCAGAACCUGCUCAACUCCUCCGAGGCCAGUUUGCACCAGCUAACCGCCCUGCUGGACUGCCGCAGUCUACACAAGGACUACCUGGACGCUCUGAUAGGGGUGUGCUAUGACGGGGUGGAGGGUCUGCUGUACCUCUGUCUGUUCUCCCUGCUGGCCGCCUGUGCCUUCUGCACCAUGCUGUGUGCCACCUCCCGAGCCUGGAGACACAUCACCAGCCGGGAGCGGGACUACGAUGACAUCGAUGAGGAGGACCCCUUCAACCCCCAGGCCCGGCGCAUCGCCGCACACAACCCAAACCGCGCCAACAUGCACAGCUUCUGCAGCUACAGCAGCAGCCUGGGCAGCCAGACCAGCCUGCACCCCCCUGCACAGGCCGUCUCCAACGCCCCGGUGUCUGAGUACAUGAACCAGUCUGUUCUUUUUGGGGGGAACCCUCGGUACGAGAACGUGCCCCUCAUCGGUAGAGGCUCUCCUCCACCCUCGUACUCCCCCAGCAUGAGAGCCACCUACCUGUCCAUGACUGAGGACCAGAUCAGACACUUCGGGAAUGAUUUCCAGGCGUAGACAUCCUCCUCUUCCUCUACCUCCUCCUCCUCCUCCCCCGCCCCUCCAUCCCUCCAUCCAAGAGGGGCGACACAAGCAACCACCUCCAGCGCUCAUUGUUCACCGACCUUUGACCUUGACUUUCACCAGGGGAAGCUGGGGUCGUGUCCGCUGGAGAUAUGGCCCAAAGCGCAGUGUUGAAAGCACCCCCCCCCCCCCCCCACCCUCAAAGCACACCCUCAGAGCCAAGAUUCAAACUGACAAAAAAAGUCAAUCUGACAUUUCAAACAGCGGUCACAGCCAACUGUAUAUACAGCUGUUCAGCGUCCCUCCGUUUCAAAGGGUGCUGGGGAACGGGAAUAGCCGUGCUGGCACCGGUCAUCCUAACAGGUUAGGUAGAAGUCGGGUAGUCUUCCUGAGAGCAGAAUCCUCAGGAAAAAGUUUUUUGGUCUUUUUUUUUUUUUCUUCCCUGCGUGUCACAGACCGGGUAGCAAGGGGGUAGUGUGUCACCGUAGUGGAAUGAAACCGGACUUUUGCCCACACACCUAGUAGCUAUCUUUUUUUUCAAGCCAAAACAACUUUCUAAACAAAAACAAACUCAAGAACAUUGAAGCUUUGAGAAAUUUCUACUGCCUUUAAUAAGUUUGCAGUGACUUCCGUGUCCUUUGGUAGUGAAACACUGUAACGCCUUUUUCGGUCCUCCGUCAAUAAUAACUCUUUUUCGUUUGAUUUGUGGCGAAUAAUAAAAAAAAAAAAUAAUAAUAAUUACGAAAAAAGAAAACUAACCAACGUUCUGUGACUCCUUCAAAUAAGUGACUGUUGGAGACAGGAGAAGCCUCCUCUCGCGAGUGUGCGGACACUUCCACGGGAGGGUCUUUGGGGCGCGGCAUCUGGAGUCCGUACCCCGCGAAAGCAUGUCGUCUGUGCCUCUGUGUCCACGCCCCGUCCCCUUUCUCCCUGUUAAACUAACUAGCUCUGUGACUGUUAGAAUUUUAUACUUUGUACACGUCUGUAUCCAAAGGUGUUUUUGACUCGUUUCUCGGUGAGCGUUUGAUUGUUUGUUUGUUUGUUUGUUUAAUACUCAGUGGGCUGUUACACUGGGCGAACGUUGCAUUUACAAAGCAUGAUUGUUCCUUAAGGGUGUUCACUGGUGAGGUUGGCACUAGAGUGGGACAGGCACGUGAAAGGGGCGGGGAGGUUCUCUUAGCGCAGAGCAUUACGCUCCAGACGAACAGGCCAAUCGCAGUACAGUUACUGUGCUGAACAGAACCAUUAUUCCAUUCAUCAGCCGCUGGUAGCCGUAGCUCCCUUGAAAGCACCAAGACGCUGCACACUGUGUUCCCCUGCAGCUGGGCCGGGGCAGGAAACAAAGCCAUUGUCACGCCACGCUGAAAAGUCUUCCAAACACCCUCCCCUGUACCGGUCCACCAUUCCCCAGGGCUGGUCUCUGUCCCUCUGCCACGGCUGAAGGGAGACGCCCUCCGAUUCGCUGCCUCGUUAUCAAUAUUCAUGAGUGGGGUGUGGUCUGUGGAGAAAUUCCACCGCUGCAACAGAAGCAGUAUUCUGUUCUAGAGUGUGUGGGAUAUCUGUGGUACCCCGUUCAUUCUGUCCUAGAGUACGUGGGAUAUCUGUGGUACCCCUUUCAUUCUGUUCUAGAGUGCGUGGGAUAUCUGUGGUACCCCUUUCAUUCUGUUCUAGAGUGCGUGGGACAUCUGUGGUAGCCCAUUCUCAAUGGCCAUUUAUAUUACCUUUGGAAAGUCAGACACAAGCUUGUGCAUUACGGAGCCUUUCUGAGCCAGUUUACCUGCUCUUUAAUAAAUUAAUAAAUAAAUAAAUAAAACUCUUCUGAGCCCUGUGCAGUGUGAUUAUGUCAUUUCAUUUUUAUUUUUCAUGUCUCUUGGGAGUGUCAGUUCCUCAAGCUGGUUUGGAAGCUGAAACGAUGCCUGUCGUCCCAUCUUGACCUGCAGUCAUUGUAUCCUAACGGCAAGACAACAUUGUGUGUCUUUUUUUUGUCUUGUUUUUGGGUUUGCUUAGUUUUUGCCGCACUGACGGGGUGAGAGCUGUGAGUUUUUGAGCCUUCGUUCCAGGGGCUUGGACCCUGGUGCGGCCGUACAUGUUCACCCUGACUCUCCCCUGACAAAUGUGGGCUUUUCUGGUGGGACAGACAAGACAGACAAGACAGGCUGACACCAGGCCAGUCCCACCCUGACAGGGAUUCCUAAUAUUACUAACACGUCUUCCAUUUGGGGGGGGGGGAAGGGGGAGGAAUGUGCCACCCACAAAAUUCCGAUUAACAAAAGUUUUAAAAUGAUUGAUUAUUAUGUAGGCUUUUUUCUUUUCUUUUUUUUUUUUUUUGGUUUGUUUUAUUCUGUUUCAAAUGUUUGGUUCUCCAGUGCAUGUAAGGUUGUGUCAGUGUGGCUCUGUCUACAGCCAUUGAGAAUGGUGCUUGGUUUCUAUGUAUAAUACUGUACCCCCGUACAGAAGGGGAAUACAUCAUAAUAAUAAAGUACUUUUAAAUAGCA